CAUCCACCAAAAAUAAAGCAAAGCAUAUCCCAAAAAAAUAAAAUAACCAAAAUAUUAUAUAUAUUUUUUUGAAAAAAAAAAAAACAGAGUCAAGAAGAUGAACUCCUUUCCCCUUUCUUCUUCAUUGCGCAUUUGCAUUUAUCAAUUUCAUCUCCAUGGAAAAUAAUCAUCAAGAAGUUUAAUUAACACAAUUCCGAUCAACUUGGUGGCCGCGGCGACAAUAUCCGACAAUCUCAACCCCAUCUCCCAUUUCUACCCAUCCACCCUACCGGCCAUGACCCGUCGGAAAAAUCUGGAAACAAAUAGAUCAAGAUCCGUAAUUUUUCGUCAAUCGGAGAUUGACCCACCUCGUUAUAGGGGUGUUCGUAAACGGCAAUGGGGUCGAUUUUCUGCUGAGAUAAGGGAUCCGAUGAAAAAAGCUCGGGUAUGGCUGGGUACAUUUGAUACAGCGGAGGAUGCUGCACGGGCUUACGAUGCUGCUGCAAGGUCCUAUCAUGGAGCUAAAGCGAAAACUAAUUUCCCAAUAUUGCCUCCUUAUGGGCAAAAUCAAUUUGAAAAUCUUCAACAUUCGAGGCCGGCUUCUAGUAGUAUGAGUAGUACGGUGGAAUCAUCUAGUGGGGUGCGUGUGUUGUGUAAUAUGAUGCAAACGCGGAUUGAAGUUCCUCGUCGGAUUCCGACCACGACGAUGGGGGAAUGCCAUAGUGAUUGUGAUUCAUCGUCAUCUGUGGUAGAUGAUAAUUGCAUCGGCGGCGGCGACGAGUCGUCGCCGUCGUUUUGUAAAGAUCCUCUGCCUUUUGAUUUGAACUUUCCUCCUCCAUCUGAUGAUGUUCACAUCAGCCCCUUGUGUUUCUAGUAAUUUUGAUGAUUAUGAUUGAAAAAAAAACUUUUUUUUCUAUGUUUUCUUUUAAUUCUGAUUUUUUUCCUUGUUUAAAAUGUAUCCAUCCAUUUGGUGUAUGAUGAUAACCAAAUGUGUUUUUAAAUUAUGCGUAGAUUUGUGUAGUUUUUUGCUCGGGCUGAGCGUCUAUCGAAAACAGUCAGAGGCGUAUACUUUGCAUACACUUUACCCUCCUCAGAUUUCAUCUUUAUGAGAUCACACUGGGUGUUCGUCGUUAUUGUUAUAUUGAUUAGUGUUGCAAUCUGUAUUAGGAAAGAUUGUAUCUUUACUAUUGAACACUGGAUCUGAUUAUUGAAUUUUUAUCCAUCUUUUGAUCUGCUUCUGCUUGUUCUUUCUUCUAA